AUGCAAGACGUAGAGGACCACAAACCACGGCUAUCCAAGAUCUCAUGGCUUCCCGAUCUCCUCGUCUUUCGAGGUUCUAUACUACCCACCAUCAUUGGACCGGUGCUCUGGGUCACCCUGUUCUCUGCCGGCGUAGCGGCUGCGAGCAUCUGGUGGGGAAAGGAGGUGGGGCUUACCAACAAUGUGGUUCCACUUCUCAGUGUCGUUGUUGGUCUGCUCCUGGUGUUCAGAAACUCAUCUGCCUAUGAGCGAUACGCCGAAGGCCGCAAAGACUUUACAGCCCUCAUCUCCGUUGCUCGAAAUCUUUCCCGAAACAUAUGGGUCGCUGUGACGCUUCCCCCGACACCCACGGAUGGCUCUGAGCCCCUUAUGACACGUGAACAGUUGACGCUGGAGAAAAUGAAGGUGAUCAGGCUGGUCGUGGCUUUUGUGGUGGCGACAAAGCAUCACCUGAGAGCAGAAGGCGGGGUGCAUCAUGACGACCUCAAGGGUCUACUACCCCCGAGACUUGCCAAUUCUCACCUUUCCGAUCUCAAAUCCUCCAUACCUCUUCUCCAGCCGCUUCCCGAAGAAAACAUUGAAAACGUACAAUCUCCUUCAUACGCAGCCGCGGUGACAGGAUCUCCCAGGUCUAUCGCCUCUGAGCUGAGCGAUAAAAAAGAAGACGAAGAGUCUUCCGUUGGCUUAUCUCGAUCAUCCUUCUCUCCAAACGCGCCUGUCUCUCCGAGCCCUUCUUUGGGAGGGAUCGUAUCAAGGGCUUCUUCUCUCAAGUCACUGGCCGGAUCUCGACCCCGGACGCUCAUGAAGCGCCGACCUACUGCAGUACGCGUGGUCGUUCCAGAAGAUAUCGCAGAGAAUCACUCCUCUUCGCAAACGCACUCCCGCUCGCACAGUCGUACCAGGCAAGGCAGGAUUGAUGAGAGGACACCCCUUAUCAAAGCAGGAGUGAAGCCGGAUCCAAUGACGACGCUGGGUAUGCAGAAGAAGGCCGAGACCGGGCUUGGAAGGAUGGUGGAGCUGGGUCUCCCUCUGAUCAUAGCCCAUGAUAUCUCGAGGUCAAUCUUCAAGUUUCGGAGGAUGGGUUGCCUGGAAGCGAUUGGGCCUGCUGUACGUGGCUACCGAGUAACAGAGUAUCAAGCUGACCGUGAAAAAGGUGUCCAAACCCCUCUCCCCUACAUCUUCUGCGUCCACCUCAAGCAGGUUGUCUCUUUGUACUUGUUUAUCCUUCCCUUCACUCUUGUCGACUCUACCGGCUGGAAGAUGGUGUUCAUCAUGUUUUGUAUAUCAAUGACAUUCAUGGGAGUGGAAGGGAUUGCGGCGAUGAUUGAGCAGCCUUUCGGAACGGAUCCUUGUGAUUUGAACCUCGAUCUAGCUAUACUGGAGCGACUUCCAGAAGGCGACGAUGAUGAUAUAACCAUCUACAAGCGCUCCACUCUCGAGCAAGCGGCUGCUGAUUAUGGUGCCGACGACGGGGGAGACGAGUAA